UGCCUCUCGGUGGCCCUGUCCCCAGGUCCGUCAGAUGGGAACAUUCACUUCCUUGUCUUGGUGUGGAGACCAGGUGCCCAUGCCGGCGCAUAGGUUUUCAGGGGGUGCGGGCUGGGCCCCAUCCCCCGCCGCCCCUCAGCCGUGGGGGGUCCUGCCUAGUUCUGGGACGUGGGGGCUGUGGGAGGGGAGCCUGCGCCUGCUCUCUCUGCCUCAGCUUUUCUGGCCGCUGGCGUCUGGUGAGCUCUGGGUGACUCGGACAGAGUGAGGCCUGGGCCUGGCCCUGUCACCACAGCUUGGGCGACUUUGGUUUUGUGUUUGGUGGUGGUUUUCAUUGAGAUACAAUUCGUACGUCAUGUGGUUCAUCUAUUUAAAGCGCACAAGUCAGCGGUUUCCAGUAUACUCAGAGUGGUAUGGCCCUUGCCGGAGUAGGUCUUUUCACUGAGGUAUAACGGACAAAAUCGUGUACAUUUGGUUUUAGAACUUUUGGUUUCUUUUUUAAACAUACUUUUCCCAAAAGGAAAUCCCAUACCUGUUAGCAGGGGCUCCCCUGCUCCUGAAAACCUCUAAUCUGCUUUCUGUCUGUGGAUUUGCUUCUUGCUGGCGUUCACGUGAGUGGCGUCCACAACACGCAGUCCUUGGUGACUGGCUUCCUUCCCUGGGCUUAGGGGUCUUUUGGACUCUCUGGUCUCCCCUCACGUGACCGUCUCCAGUGGAGAAGGAGGAGGUGCGUGCUCACCACCUUGAGCUCCUUGCCUCUCACGGCUCAGGAGGUGGUCCUGUCCCCACGUUCACUCAGCUCAGGACGCGUGCCCACACCGGCCGCCUUGGAGCUGGUGCGUCACCUGUGCCAGUCCGCAGUUUUCUGGCCUGCAGCACACGGCCUGUCACAGACUUGUUACCCAGGGAGAGGGGACGGCCAUCGAGUGUGGAAGGGUUUCUUGGGAGGGUCUAGGAUCUGGGCAAACGGAGGGGCUUGCCCGGGUGCAAAGGAGAGUCGCAGAGCACUUUGGAGCGCAGGGGGGGCCGUCCGUGUUCCCCCGCACGGCUCAGCCGGCCCUUGCCCUCCUCCCCCCUGCCCCCACCUGUGACUGUGGUUUAGCAGUGGGGCGGGGGACCUGGGGGGAGCGCUGCCGAGGCAGAUAUGUCACCUGCUGCCUCAGGGGGCAGGGCCUCGUGACACACCGGGGCUUGCAGAUGGGGGUGUGUUUCUGCUGCACUUUCUGAGCAGAAUCGCGUACCAGGUUGUGUGCUGGGUACUGCCCCUGGGCGCUCACAGCAGCCCCCCAAGGAAGGCUCUGUGCCGGCGUCAUCCCGUCCCCAUCCGGGCACCAGGCACGUUCACCGAGUGACAGCACACUGUGUGCAGGCCAGGCUGCGUGUCCCAGAGCUGGUGGAUGCAGGGGGUGCCAGGGGCCUGCCUCCGCCUUCUCAGGGGAUAGACGCCUGGCAGCAGACCCCAAGGAUGAGAAGGAGCGGGUUACUAGGAUGCCCCAGGCUGGCAAGGCAGCCAGAGCUGAGUUUCUAAGAAGAACCCAGGCCUGGCGUGCUCUGCACACAGAAGGGCCAGUGUGUCCGGCGCAGGUGAGGAACUCGGUGCGAGGGAGCUGCAGGAGGCGGCCACGCGGGCCCGUGGCCAGGGCCAGACCGAGACGUGCGCGAGGUGGAGGGGUUCUCGCUCCUGAGCACGGACAGGCUGUGUCCAGGCUCCAUCUCAGCAAGUGCGGCCUGGACGCCUGUGGCACAGAAUGCAGAGAGGUGAGGGUCCCACAGGUCAGACACGCCCCCCGUGGCUGAGUGACCAGCUCCCUGAGUAGGCGCCAGAGCUGCUGCUGAGCGUCCCACCAAGCCCCUGAGGCCCAGGAAGGGUCCGAUCUCCAGCUCCCGGGAUGGGCUGGCCGGUCAGAGCUUGGGCCUGAGCCUACGUACUUCUCUAUAAGUGAACAGGACGAGGCCCCCGCCCGAGACUUUACCUUCCUGGAGUGCUUGGGUGGGCAGGUGCCUCUGUGCACCUCCACGCCCUCACGUGGAGAAUGGGGCCAUCCAUACCUUCUUUGGGGGCAGUCGUGAGAGUAGGGGAGGUGAGGGCCCGACAGUCCUGAGAGCGGUCAGUACACAGUGUGGGCCGUCAGUCUGGCACGAUGGCAGGGAAGGGGCCCCCAUUCCCGUGACGCCAGGAGGCCUGGACGCCCAGCAUGGUGCUGGGGCAGUGCUGUCCUGCAGGGACCCCCUCAGGAGGGCCACACACCGCAUGUGGCAGCUGCAGGACGCCGUGCGAGGGGCUAGGCCGUAGCUUGCUCGGAGAGGGUCGUGCAGCUGUGAGAGAUGGUGUGGGACUGGAAGUCCCGGGGAGGCUGGGCCUGGCCCCAGCGGGGCUAGGAGGCUGGCAGCGGCCCCUGGGGUCUCGAGUGCCAAAACCCAGGGAGCCCUUUUGGGCUUCUGGCCGUGAGUGGACACCAGGCACUCAAGUUUGUGUUUCAGAAAAGUGGCCAACGUGGGGUGGAGGGCUGAGGGGCGAGUCCCUGUGUGCUGUGGGUCAGCCCCCGCGGCCCUGCCUGGGGCCUGGUUCCUGCUGCCAUCGUCCAUGGCGGUGUCUCGUCCACUCCACCUGCCGUUGUCCUGGGCCAGGGCUGAGGACUGACCGGGGCCCCAGGAUCUGGGAUCAUUGCAGAUUUAGAGCCACUGGUUCCUGGACAUGGCGGGAGGGCGCUCGGAGGGCGCCAUGUUUUGGAAGUUUGACCUGCACACGAGCUCACACCUCGAUGCGCUGCUGGAGCGGGAGGACCUGAGCCUGCCCGAGCUACUGGACGAGGAGGACGUGCUGCAGGAGUGCAAGGUCGUCAAUCGCAAGCUGCUGGACUUCCUGCUGCAGCCGCCGCACCUGCAGGCCAUGGUGGCCUGGGUCACCCAGGAGCCGCCCGCCAGCGGCGAAGAGCGCCUGCGCUACAAGUACCCCAGCGUGGCCUGCGAGAUCCUGACCUCAGACGUGCCCCAGAUCAACGACGCGCUGGGCGCAGACGAGUCCCUCCUGAACCGGCUCUACGGCUUCUUGCAGAGCAGCGGCAGCCUCAACCCGCUGCUCGCCAGCUUCUUCAGCAAGGUCAUGGGCAUCCUUAUCAACCGCAAGACAGACCAGCUCGUGUCCUUCCUGCGGAAGAAGGAUGACUUCGUGGACCUGCUUCUGCAGCACAUCGGCACCUCAGCCAUCAUGGACCUCCUGCUGCGUCUCCUCACCUGCGUGGAGCGGCCCCAGCUGAGGCAGGACGUGGUCAACUGGCUCAAUGAGGAGAAAAUUGUGCAGCGGCUCAUUGAUCAGAUCCACCCGUCGAAGGAUGACAAUCAACAUUCCAACGCGUCCCAGUCCCUGUGCGACAUCAUCCGCCUGAGCCGGGAGCAGAUGAUCCAGGUCCAGGACAGCCCGGAGCCCGACCAGCUGUUGGCCACCCUGGAGAAGCAGGAGACCAUCGAGCAGCUGCUGAGCAACAUGCUGGAGGGAGAGCAGAGCCAGUCCGUCAUCGUGAGCGGGGUCCAGGUGCUGCUGACCCUGCUGGAGCCCAGGAGGCCAAGGCCUGAGUCUGUGACCGUCAACAACUUCUUCAGCAGUAUGGAGGGGCAGCUGGAGCUCCUGGCCCAGGCGACCCUGGACAGCACCACGUCCAGCGUGGGCGCCCUGCACGCCCUGCGCCCACGCCUCGGCCGUUUCCACCAGCUCCUGCUUGAGCCCCCUGAGCUGGAGCCGCUUCGAACUACGUGGGGCAGCCUGGCCCCCCCACUGGGCAACACCCGGCUGCAUGUGGUCAGGCUGCUGGCCAGUGCCCUGAGCGCCAAUGACGCGGCCCUGACCCAGGAGCUCCUGGCACUGGACGUGCCCAACACCAUGCUGGACCUCUUCUUCCACUAUGGCUUCAACAACUUCCUGCACGCCCAAGUGGAGUUGUGUGUGAGCGCCAUGCUGGGUGCUGGGCCUCCUGACAGCGGCCCCGAGACGCCCGCCCCCAACCCCGUGGUGAAGCAUUUGCUGCAGCAGUGCCGCCUGGUGGAGCGCAUCCUGACCUCCUGGGAGGAGAACGAGCUCGUGCAGUCCGCAGGAGGCCCUCGCAAGGGCUACAUGGGCCACUUGACCAGACUGGCCAACGCCCUGGUGCAGAACGCGGAGAAGGGGCCCAACGCUGAGCAGCUGGGGCAGCUGCUGAAGGACCUGCCCAGUGAGCAGCAGGAGCAGUGGGAGGCCUUUGUGUCCGGACCCCUGGCAGAGACCAACAGGAAGAACACAGUGGACCUGGUGAGCACCCACCACCUGCACUCCUCCAGCGACGACGAGGAUGACCGGCUCAAGGAGUUCAGCUUCCCGGAGGAGGCCGUGCUGCAGCAGGCCUUCAUGGACUUCCAGAUGCAGCGCAUGACCUCCGCCUUCAUCGACCACUUCGGCUUCAACGACGAGGAGUUCGGGGAGCAGGAAGAGAGUGUGAACGCGCCUUUCGACAAGACCGCCAACAUCACCUUCUCCCUCAACGCCGAUGACGAGAACCCCAACGCCAGCCUGCUGGAGAUCUGCUACAAGGACCGGAUCCAGCAGUUUGACGACGAGGAGGACGAGGAGGAGGAGGAGGAGGAGGAGGAG